GCCCGUCUGCAGGAGCUCCUGCCGUGGCAUGGCGCUACCCUGGGCCCUUGUGGCUCUGAGCCUCCUUCCUCUGCUGACCGCCCAGGACCCCACGUGUCCCUACCAGAAGGCCGUGCCGAUCACCGAUGCUACCCUGGAGCGGCUCUCCGGCAAGUGGUUUUUCAUCGCUGCAGUCUUACGCAACCCCGAGUACCAGCAGAUGACUAGACUGGUUGAGGCAGCCUUUAUUUACCUUAUCCCCAACCUGAAGAAGGACACCCUACUGUUCAGAGAGUACCAGACCAUCGGGAAACAGUGCACCUACGAUGUCAGCUCUGGGGGCAUUCAGCGGCAGGACGGAACCUUAUCCCAAAUUGUGCAGGACAGAGAACACUUUGCCCACCUGUGGCUCACCAAGGACCCUGAGACCUUCAUAACAUUAUUAUUCCCAGAAGACGAGCACAACCGGGGUCUAGCCUUCUACGCCAGGAAGCAGGUGGUGACCAGAGAACAACUGAAUGAGUUCCAGGAAGCCCUCAAGUGCGUGGGCCUGCAGGACGAUGAAAUCCUGUACACGGAUGGGAAAAAGGAUCUGUGUGGGCCGCUGGAGAAACAGCACGAGGAGGAGAGGAAGACGGGAAACCUGGAGUCCUAGGACACAAGGAUGAACUGAGACAGAGUUGGGGGCAGAUGCCCUCGGGGAUCUGGGCCCAUCCUCAUCCCACCACCAGCUCCUCAUCUCUCAGAUCUUUCCCUGGUUGCAUUAAUAAAGCUUCAGCUGAGUGUUA